GUUUGUGGGAUCGAGCCUAAUAAAAUUACUCUUUUUUUAAGCUUAAGUUUUAUUUCAGAUUCAUUCUAUUAUAGAAGCUGUAUUUAGGUCUCACCUUCAGCUUUUUCGAUAGUUUUAAUUUCCCUAAAGGAUACCUCACCAUCGAAAUGGAUCUUGAAGAGGGUUGGGAUGCUGCGACCAAUAAUGAAAAGGAUAUCAUGAAGCUCGAUGAAAAUGAGUUAAGUGCACCACUUCUUACGGAUGAUGAUGCAUUGCGUUAUUCCAGCGUCACGGAUGUCACUAAAUUACUGCGCUCCGCGUACCUUAGUAACAUGUUCAAGCGUUUGAGUGAUUACGAGGAUCCCGAUGGCACGUCGAAAAACGCUAUCACUGUGGAUGAUCCUGAGUAUGCGUACUUAUCGGAUUGUAGUAAUCUGGUCUUAAGAAUGGAGGUUGAAAAGUCUCGUGUAUUGGUCUUCUUGCGUGCACAUUAUAGCAUCCGAUUCCCUGAGUUGGCGAUGUUCUUUACAGACAUGGUUUUGUAUGCCAAAGUCGUUAGGAUUAUUCAGAAUAACAUGGAUCUCACUGCUGUCGUUGAUGCCUUAGAUGAGCUUAUUCCUUCCCAGUUGCUGGUGGUUAUUGUGGCUUGUGCUUCCACGACAGGAGGCCGCGUUCUUACCGAUGAGGAGUUGAAUCGUGUUCUCGUGGCAUGCCAAGAAAUGGAAAAUCUAGAACUUGCAAAACAAACUUUUCUUGAGUACCUUCAAUGUUCUAUGCCGUUAAUAGCGCCUAAUUUAUGUGCUUUUCUAGGUACUGGUAUCACAUCCCAACUCUUUGCCAUCACGGGCAGUUUGACUAAACUUUCAGUGAUGGAUGCUGGUGAGUUGGCGGUCCUUGGAAGUCGGCGUGGCAGCGAUUCUGGUAUUGCGAUACGUACAACGGGAUUUCUUAGCAAUUCGGACCUUGUAUGCAACUUACCUCCACAACUGCGACCUAAGGCCUUGCGCCAAGUAGCUGCGAUUACGCUUAACCUUGCUCGAAUCGAUGCUAAUCGCCGCGCUGGAAACAAGGAUGCUGGUGUUAAGGAGCGGCGUAGUCUAUGCAAUCGUAUGAAGGUGUGGAUGGACCCUCCAGUCCUCCGGGGAGCUGGACACAAUACCUACGAGCGCCGUGGACGCCAGCGUCGCCGUCGAAGAUUUUAA